CUUUUUUUUCUUCGUCCAACUCUUGCCCCUACUGCUAGUUGCACCAACGGCCCUAAGAGAGCGUAACUGUUUCAAAGAUUUGCUAUUGCGUUGGCUCCCUAUUGUUAUUACAUUUACCGCAUUUGACCCCCUCUAGUUCUUAGCGUGCCGCUUAUAAAAGUCGACCACUCGUCACGGAUCCUCAUGAGAGAAAUCAUCUAUAUCCAAACUGGCAACGUUUCCAACUACAUUGGCACACAUUUUUUUAACACAUGUGAAUCUUAUUUCACGUACGAUGUGGACGACAAGGUUAAGAAAAUGGAUCAAAUUGAUCAUAACGUUUCAUUCCGUGAAGGCGUGGCGCCUGGUGGUCAGCCAACGUUCUGUCCAAGAUUAUUGCUAUUUGAUGAAAAGGAAAAUUUCGGUGCUCUCCCUAAGAUCAAUGACUUAUACUCCCCAGAGCUAGGCGAUGAGAUUGCAGCAUGGGGAGGAGAUAUUGGGAUAAAUAAGCAAGUCCCCAUUGAGAAGAGUGCCUAUCAGCGCUACCUUGACGAAGGCGAGGAUGAGGAUUCAGAUUGGUUCGAAUCCAAUGACCAGUUGUUGCACUCGGUGCGAUACUGGUCGGAUUUCAAUAGAGUAUAUCAUAUACCUCGAACCCUUCAGCCCGUGCCAUUCGUUGGUACCAGGGACACAAAUGACCCGGAUUGCGUCACUUAUUGGGCAGAUGGUGUGACGACUUUCCAGCGAGAAUGUCUGGACAAUGAUCUCAUGGAUGGUGAUUUCCGACGAUUUGUCGAAGAAUGCGACCUUCUUCAGGGGGUUCAGACAACGUUUGACGCGUCUAAAUUCGCAUCAUUCACCACGUCAAUGAUUCAAUUGGCACGGGAGUGCCUCCCAAAAACCACGGCCCUCUCCUUUAUGGUCAACUGUGUGCAAAACAGCGGCCUAGUGAACACCCAUGAUCCCACCGCUUGUCGAGCGAUGACAAAUGCCUCACUAGCUAUGUGCGCUCUCGAGGAAUACUCCGAUGUCAACGUCCCCUUGCUUCACCCACUUGUUUGGAGGACCGGGGCCUGGACUCGCAAUCUGACGUACGAUUCUCAAUCCCUCUAUCAUACGACAGCUUUGCUGUCGUCCCAUCUGGAAAGUGCCACACUACCGCUUCGACUGAAGUCCCCGGGCGCCGGAUUAGACCUGCAGGCUCUGUCUUGUCAAUUGGACACUAAAUUCGCUCAUUUAACCGGCAUUUUUCCAACGCCUCGAGUGGAUGCCUUAGAGAAAAGUGACUCUGACUUGUCACACGAUUUCUCAGUGGAAGUUUCUCCACAGCAAAUCACGCAUUCGAGUCGACGUUCAGGCGUUUUUGCCGAAUGGGGCGUCCUUCGGAGCACCUCAUUACCGCUUCGGGAUGCCAUCGAAGAUUGGAUCCAGAAAACUGUUGAAACACGGUAUCCAUUUGUCAACAUGACACGAUCCGACAUCGAAUACCCGCUUCCGUUUUCAUUUCCUAGGCUCUUCAAUACUUCAUCCCUGUCAGCUGACCUACACCGCUCGCGUCAUACCUCUAGCCAUCGAAGUCUGGACACCGUCCCUAUAUACAGUGCAUUGCGUUGCUCAGCUGCUCUUUCUUCUUAUUUCAACCAGCAUUACAAGUUCAUCGACACCUUCAUUCGUGGUGGCACGGAUCUCCGGUUCCUAAAUCCUGAUGGGGACGAUGGCAUUGGGAAAGACGAGCUUCGAGAAGUGCGCGAGGCGAUGCUUAAGCUAAGAGAUGCUUUCUCGACCAGCGACGCAUUCGAGAACGAGGAGGCCUGGGAUGAGGACGGAAGGUACGAUAUUUACUGAGCGCAAAGGGGAGCCCCACCUUCUGAGGCUCGAGCGCGACUGUGCCCGCCUAACCCGCGCAGCAAUCUCCUUUAGCUUUGGUAUGGACAUCCUAUAUUACAUUAAUGUAUGCUACACAAAAUAUGGCAUCCCACCACCCUGGUGAAAUAAGAAUAAGCACGAGAAUGGAGCACUCCUGAUGCAAGCCACGUACCAUUCUUCGUCCUGUAAAUAUGCCGCCUGUGGC